AUGGGCAAAAAGCGCGUUCUCGUCGGAUACGGCGUCGACAUCGACGCAGUAGCCGGAUGGUUAGGCUCAUACGGGGGCGAAGACAGCGUCAAUGAUAUCAGUCGAGGUCUCUGGGCCGGCCACAUCGGCACAACUCGGCUCCUAAAGCUCUUCUCGAAAUACAACAUCAAAGCCACCUGGUUCAUCCCCGGCCACUCACUGGAGACAUUCCCGGAAGAGUGCGCCCAAGUGCGUGAUCAAGGCCACGAGAUCGGACUCCACGGGUACACGCACGAAAAUCCAAGCUGUAUGAGCGAAGAGCAGCAACGCGACAUCCUCGAUAAGACCUACAGACUACUCACGGAGUUCUGUGGAAAGCCUCCACGCGGCAUUGUAGCGCCCUGGUGGGAAGCCAGUUCGGAGAUGGUGGAUCAACUACUCGCCUACGGGAUCGAGUAUGACCACUCAAUGUCGCAUGAAGAUUGUCAGAUGUAUUGGUUGCGAACGGGGGAUACGUGGACGAAGAUCGACUACAGUCAGAAGGCGGAGACGUGGAUGAAGCCACUGGAACGGGGACAGACGACAGGGCUGGUGGAGAUUCCGGGAAGUUGGUACAUAGACGAUUUGCCGCCGAUGAUGUUUAUUAAAAAUUCGGCAAAUAGUCAUGGGUGGGUGAAUCCGAGGGAUGUGGAGGAUAUUUGGAAGGACCAUUUUGAUUAUUUCUACCGCGAGUACGAUGAGUUUGUCUUCCCGAUGACGAUCCAUCCGGAUGUGUCUGGCCGGCCGCAUGUGUUACUUAUGCAUGAGAGAAUUAUUGAAUACAUCAAUCAACAUGAAGGGGUGGAAUGGGUGACAUUUGAGCAAAUGUGUGAUGAGUUUAAGAGUAAGAAUCAACCACCCGAGGGAGCCGUGAUGCCGGCAGCACCGGGGAGUAUUCUCAACGUUUAA